GCCGCUCCGCGCGCAGCCGGCUCGGGCCGCUCCUCCAGGCUGGGGCGCGGCGGUGGUGACUGCGCGGACCGAGUAGGGACGCGCGCGCCGUGGGUCUGGGCAUCGAGAGCCGGGGCGCCGCCGCCGCGGAGCCCUGGGCGCGUGGAUGCGGCUGGGCCGGGCGGAGCCGCACACCUGAGGCGGGGCGCGGAGCGCGGGGAGCGGCGCGGGCGGCGCUGUUAGGGCCGCGGCUCCCGCUGCCGAGCCGCGCUCUCCGGGACGAGCUAGGCAGUGAUUCGCGGCGUCGGGUUCACCUUCAGCCAUGGCCCGGAUAGCCUAGCGGGGCCUCGCCCCCCCGCCACCUCCCCUUCCCCGCCGCGCACCGGCCGCCGCCGCAUCCUGCCGGCCUCGCUGCCUGGCCCGCGCCGGGCAGCCGCCCUCGCCGGGAGCCCUCCCUCGUCCCUGCUCGCGUCCCCCCGCGGCGGCGCCGCGGGAAGCAGCACCCCCUCCUCUUCCUCCGCGUCCCCUCCCCUCCGGCCCCCGCCGGGGCCGCUUGUUGCACCGCCCGCGGCCUGCGGGAGCCGCUCGCCGCGGCCGGGCCUGGCGCUCGCGUCUGCACUCCCUUCCUCUCGCCCCCCGGGGCCCGCACCCCAACCCGACCGGAGAGACCCCGGCCCAGCCUCGUCGCCCGCACAAAAUGUCGGCCCGGACGCCAUUGCCAACGGUGAACGAGCGGGACACUGAGAAUCAUACAUCUGUGGAUGGAUAUACGGAACCACACAUCCAGCCUACCAAAUCAAGUAGCAGACAGAACAUCCCCCGGUGUAGAAACUCCAUUACGUCAGCAACAGAUGAACAGCCUCACAUUGGAAAUUACCGUUUACAAAAAACAAUAGGGAAGGGGAAUUUUGCCAAAGUGAAAUUGGCAAGACAUGUUCUAACUGGUAGAGAGGUUGCUGUGAAAAUAAUAGACAAAACUCAGCUAAAUCCUACCAGUCUACAAAAGUUGUUUCGAGAAGUAAGAAUAAUGAAGAUACUGAAUCAUCCUAAUAUAGUGAAAUUGUUUGAAGUUAUAGAAACUGAGAAGACCCUCUAUUUAGUCAUGGAGUAUGCAAGUGGGGGUGAAGUGUUUGAUUACUUAGUUGCCCAUGGAAGAAUGAAAGAGAAAGAGGCCCGUGCAAAAUUUAGGCAGAUUGUGUCUGCCGUACAGUAUUGCCAUCAAAAGUGCAUUGUUCACCGUGAUCUUAAGGCUGAAAAUCUUCUCCUUGAUGCUGAUAUGAAUAUUAAAAUUGCUGACUUUGGUUUUAGUAAUGAAUUCACAGUCGGGAACAAAUUGGACACAUUUUGUGGAAGCCCACCCUAUGCCGCUCCUGAGCUUUUCCAAGGAAAGAAGUAUGACGGGCCCGAGGUGGACGUUUGGAGUCUUGGCGUCAUUCUCUAUACAUUAGUCAGUGGUUCCUUGCCUUUCGAUGGCCAGAAUUUAAAGGAACUGCGGGAGCGAGUCUUGCGAGGGAAGUACCGAAUCCCCUUCUACAUGUCCACAGACUGUGAAAAUCUUCUGAAGAAAUUAUUAGUGCUGAAUCCAAUAAAGAGAGGCAGCUUGGAACAAAUAAUGAAAGAUCGAUGGAUGAAUGUUGGUCAUGAAGAAGAAGAAUUAAAGCCAUACACUGAGCCUGAACCAGACUUCAAUGAUACGAAAAGAAUAGACAUUAUGGUCACCAUGGGUUUUGCACGAGAUGAAAUAAAUGAUGCCUUAAUAAGUCAGAAAUACGAUGAAGUUAUGGCUACUUAUAUUCUUCUAGGUAGAAAACCACCUGAAUUCGAAGGCAGUGAAUCGCUAUCCAGUGGAAACUUGUGUCAGAGGUCCCGGCCCAGUAGUGACCUAAACAACAGCACUCUUCAGUCCCCUGCUCACCUGAAGGUCCAGCGAAGCAUCUCAGCAAAUCAGAAGCAGCGGCGUUUUAGUGAUCAUGCUGGUCCAUCCAUUCCCCCUGCCGUAUCAUACACUAAAAGGCCUCAGGCUAACAGUGUAGAAAGUGAACAGAAAGAGGAGUGGGACAAAGAUGUGGCUCGUAAACUUGGCAGCACCACAGUUGGAUCAAAAAGCGAGAUGACUGCAAGCCCACUUGUGGGUCCAGAGAGGAAAAAAUCUUCAACUAUUCCAAGCAACAAUGUGUAUUCUGGAGGUAGCAUGGCAAGAAGGAAUACAUAUGUCUGUGAGAGGACCACAGAUCGAUACACAGCAUUGCAGAAUGGAAAGGACAGCAGCCUUACAGAGAUGUCUGCAAGUAGCAUAUCUUCCACUGGCUCUGCUGUGGCCUCUGCUGUUGCCUCAGCCCGACCCCGCCACCAGAAGUCUAUGUCCACUUCUGGUCAUCCUAUUAAAGUCACACUGCCAACCAUUAAAGAUGGCUCUGAAGCUUACCGGCCUGGUACAACCCAAAGAGUGCCUGCUGCUUCCCCAUCUGCUCACAGUAUUAGUGCCACCACUCCAGACCGGACCCGCUUUCCCCGAGGGAGUUCAAGCCGAAGCACUUUCCAUGGGGAGCAGCUCCGGGAGCGUCGCAGUGCUGCUUAUAAUGGGCCACCUGCUUCGCCAUCCCAUGAAACGGGUGCAUUUGCACAUGCCAGAAGGGGAACGUCCACUGGUAUAAUAAGCAAAAUCACAUCCAAAUUCGUUCGCAGAAGUACAUCAGGGGAAGCAAAAGAAAGAGACAAGGAAGAGGGUAAAGAUUCCAAGCCGCGUUCUUUGCGGUUCACAUGGAGUAUGAAGACCACUAGUUCAAUGGACCCUAAUGACAUGAUGAGAGAAAUCCGAAAAGUGUUAGAUGCAAAUAACUGUGAUUAUGAACAAAAAGAGAGGUUUUUGCUUUUCUGUGUCCAUGGAGAUGCUAGACAGGAUAGCCUCGUGCAGUGGGAGAUGGAAGUCUGCAAACUGCCACGUCUGUCACUAAAUGGGGUUCGUUUCAAGCGAAUAUCUGGGACUUCUAUUGCCUUCAAGAACAUUGCAUCCAAAAUAGCAAAUGAGCUUAAGCUGUAAAGAAAUCCAAAUUUACAGGAUCAGGGAAGAUACAUUCAUAAAUGAGGUACAGUUUUUGAAUGUACUGGUAAUGCCUAAUGUGGUCCACCUGUGAAUCUCCCCAUGUAGAAUUUGCCCUUAAUGCAAUAAGGUUAUACAUAGUUAUGAACUGUAAAAUUAAAGUCAGUAUGAACUAUAAUAAAUCUGUAGCUUAAAAAGUAGGUUCACAUGUACAGGUAAGUAUAUUGUGUAUUUCUGUUCGUUUUUUGUUCAUAGAGUUGUAUAAUAAAAUAUGAUUGCUUAAAAACUUGUAUAGUUGUCUAGAUUUCUGCACAUAAAUGUACAUUUGAUGCUUUGAGUUGAAAAUGUUUUUUCCCUGUUAUUUACAUUUUGGUGGGUUUUUUAAAUUCUUACCUCCGUCAUGCAAUUUUGAAAAUUGUGUCCAGGAUUAAAAGUGCACAAAAGUAGUCUUUACAAUUGUAGCAUGGACUUUUAAAAAUUAUUUUAAAAUCAUAUUGAAAAUUAAAUCAGAAGCUGAUCAGCUUUAUUAUACACAGAAUUAUUCCUGCUUAUCUUUGCUCUUAGCCUUGUUAUCAAACAAGGUUUAGUUAAGAAGAUACAAAAUGUUUACAGUGUCAGCACUUAGAGUUUUUAAAAUAAAGUACGUGAAAAUAAAUAAUAGCUUUGGCUUGAGCUAGGAAGUACUGGGGAAAAUUAAAUCUAUUCCAAGUUUCUUUUGAACUUUGAAGUGUUUUCUGUCCCACUGCUAAUUAUAGCAGCAAAAUUGAAAUGAAUCAAUACUUCAACUGACUAUUAUAAUGUAAACUGUCACUUAGGUCAGCUGCCUUCAGAAUACUGCAAUAUAAUUGCAGAAAUGUAAUAAUAUUGGGACUGUUUCAUAGCACAAACUCGUCUUUACAGUGUUGAUCAAUGCAUCAGUUAAGAAAUAAUGCCACCUCAGGAAUUAACUGGCAUUGGGAACAUUCGCUUCAUUCUCCUCCCAUCCUCUUCAACCACCAUGCACCCCUGCCUCUAUAACCUCUGUAAGUACUUAAGAGACCUGUGAGCAAAACAUACUAUUUAUGACAGUUUAUCAAUGAUUUACGCUUAUGUGGCUGUUCAGUUUGUUCCCACGUAACCCAUUUGAUUUCAGUAUUUUGCCAGAUUUCUUGUAUUUAUUCUUCUUCAUUAUGCCUAUAAUGUGCAGCUUUGUAAUUGGCAUUUGCCUACUUUUCUUUCAUAAUUAGUGAUGUAUACAAUGUAAAACCACUAGUAAAGGUACCUUUUAAUACUUGUUAUUUUAUACUGAAUUAGCCUUGGAGGUUGACUGUGCAAUGUUAUUUAAUGUUGUAAUUACUGUAAUAUCAACAUAUGGGCCCCAUCUGCACACUCUUGAGAAAUAGAAAGUGUAUUCAGAUUUUAUCAAAGAGAAAUGAAGCUGUGAUAAAUGCUGUAGUUCCAACCUACACUGGAAAGCUCUAAGUGUAGGUGAUGUGCCAUUCUGUAAUGGCUUCCAGACGAAGAUGAAUUUUACAUUCUGUACUGUACUGUGAUGUAGCUUUCUUCUGUAAUAGUUCUGUUCAAAAAUGAAGUGUAUUUUUGCCUUAGCAAAGGGUGAUGUUUGAAAAAGCAAAACAAAACUGUGUAGCCCCUUUAUACUCCAGUGUCCUUCAGAACGAGCGAUGCAGUUCUUUCUUCACUUUCACUGGUGCACACUGAAAUUUUACUUGAACAGUUCUCAUAAUAAAGCACUUGUCUUUGGCUCUUUAUCAGAAUGUGAAUUCCCUGUUUACUAGGACAAAAAUAUUCUGUAGGGGGAGUUUAUUUGAUGUGUUCUAAAUUUACUUGGCAAGGAGUAAAAUUAAGUAGGUUUUCAAGAUGUCAUUAUGAGAAGGAUUUAAUUUUUUUAAUAAGCAUUCCUUUCAUUUAAAUACUUUUCAAAAAAUAGAUAGACUUCAGGCAUUUUCCAUCAGGUAGAAACUGACAUUUUUUACAUUUUCUCACUCAGGCCAACUCUUAUGUUUUGUGAAAGGAAAUUUUACUUCACUAUUUUUUGAACUAAAAAUGAAAUCUUGAUAUUUACUUUAGAUUUCCAUUUUAUGUGUUCAUAACAACAUAAAUAAUUUUUGAAGACUUAGAGGAAUUUUGAAUGUUUUCAUUAUAAAUACCAGUGUGUAUUAACUGGCUAUGUGAUACCAGGAUUUUCUUGGCUUCUAUGGAAAUACUAUUUGAUAUGACAUCCCUUAUGUUAAAUUAAUUAUUUUGUA